AUGUCACAGCCGCCCAGCUCUCUCCCCCAGCCGCACACUCAGAUGCAGACGAAUCCGGCCGCCGGCGCCGCCCCCCCUUCUCUUAUGCCGUCCCAGUCGAGUGCUGGCGCGGGGGGAGUGGGGGGAGGCGCGCAGGGGAGCGGGGGAGCGGGCGGGAGUGCAGGCGGAGGGGGAGGCGGAGGCGGGGGAGGGGGAGGGGGUGGAGGGGGGAAACCGAGGGCAAGGGCGAGACGAGGGCAAGCAACGGACCCUCACAGUAUUGCAGAGAGACUGCGCCGAGAGCGCAUAGCGGAGAGGAUGAGGGCCCUGCAGGACCUGGUGCCCAACUCGAAUCGCGUGGACAAGGCAUCGAUGCUCGAUGACAUUAUUGACUAUGUCAAGUUCCUGCAACUGCAGGUCAAGGUGCUUAAUCUGAACCGCCUCGCUGGCCCUGCAGCAGACGCCGUGGUCACCCUGCUUGCAGAUUUGAACCCUGAGGUGGCGUUGCUAAUGGAGCAGGACAUGGGAGCAGCCAUGCAGUACCUGCAGAGCAAGGGUCUCUGCCUCAUGCCGCUGGGGCUGGCUAAUAUGAUGUCUAAGGGGAAAGGGGACGGUGGGGGGGAGGGGAGGGGUGGUGACGGGGGUGGUGCAGGGGAGGGAGGAGGAGGAGGAGGAGGAGGAGGAGGAGGAGGAGGAGGAGGAGGAGGAGGAGGAGGAGGAGGAGGAGGAGGAGGAGGAGGAGGAGGAGGAGGAGGAGGAGGAGGAGGAGAGGGAGGAGGAGGGGAGGGGAUGGGGGAGGCGACAUGGAUGUGA